AAUUAUGCUUACAGAGUUACCAAUUAAUCACGUUGACUAAGUUCUGGCUCUAUCACAAGCCAGCCCUAAUACAUACCACAACAAGCUCUGGCAACUUCUGCCAAGCUGCUUCCUCGGUUUCUCCCAACUAGCACACUGCUGACUGCUGAGUGUUAACAUGCCCCUCAAUCAAUUAGAAUAUCUGUAUCUCUACAUCUGUACACUAUAAAUGGCCUUUUUUUUUAAAUUUAGACACAUUGAUCUUUACGUCUAAAUACACUUUUAAAAACUCGGGUGAACGGACUGGCGAAGAAGCCGGUGUCACAACAAAAGGUGACAUCGACUGACAAGAGGAAGGAAGUUGUUUUCACGAGUCACGACUGGCAGUGGCGACGCCGAUCAGAACGCGGGCAGAUUUGACGAUGAGAAAUUGAGAAUUUAGAGCUCCUUCCACUUCAAUUCGGUUACCUAAUUUAACUAAUUUCUCCGUACACAACUCCGUUUCCAUUUUACGGCGUUUACCGCCAUGGAAGCCACCGACGACGCAGAAUCCCCCGCACCGAUUGCCUCCCCAAAGUUAGCGGGAACUGUUAACUGGGGUACAACAACUGUUAUUGGAAUAUUUGCUGGCAUGUUAUACGGCGGUAGCAAGGAGGCAGCUGCUUCUGUUAGCAAGGAUGCAGAAGUGACAUUGAAGCUUGGAAGUACAGAAGACAAACGUGAGCAAUAUCGUUUGAUGAGAGAUGCUAUGGAGAAACGGUUCAUUAGGGUUACACGGGGCUCAAUAGUUGGAGGGGUACGCCUUGGAAUGUUCACUGCUGCAUUUUAUGGCUUACAAAAUCUACUUGCAGAGCAGCGAGGUGUGCAUGAUGUUUUUAAUGUUGUUGGUGCUGGUUCAGCUACUGCUUCAGCUUUUGGUUUAAUAUUGCCAGGAUCACUACGUUGGCGAGCUAGGAAUAUGAUGCUAGGAUCAGUUUUGGGAGCACCAUUUUGCUUUCCUCUUGGUUGGCUCCAUUUGAAGCUGAUAGAAAAAGCUAAUGAAGGGAAUCAAGCUGCAAAUGAAAACUUAGAUAAGAGAGACAUAAAAAGUGGUGUUAGUGCUGCAAUCGAAAGGCUUGAAAGCAGUUUACACAAAUGAAAGCUAUUUGGCUACACAGGCAUGCCUUCUUGUUUAUAUUUUUAAGGGUGGUCAAGUAAUCAUGCAAUGGAGGAUGUGACACCACUUGGAAUGGAAUGGCAUUGAUGUUCACUUAAUAGGAGAAACAGUUGUAUUAAUUAAAUAAUUUCGUUGACCAAGUUGAGUCACACAGUUCUUCCAUAUGAAAUUAUAAUGCUAUUAUUAGUUUGUUAUUA